AACAACUCUCAGUCUCCAUCUCUCUCUCUCUCUCUCUCUCUCUCUCUCUCUGGUUUAAAGCUUCAUCGCUCACUGUGGAGAGACGCAUUUCGCUUCAUGGACGUCGAUAGAGCGGAAGGCACGCGACAUCAUCUCAAACGCGCCGCUAAUGCUGGAUCCUCGGCCCGCUCCACGCUUCUGCUGCUGCUGUCUUAUUAAGUUCUUGUGGAGAGUGUGUCUUAUCUGCCGCUCUGGUGUGUGUUGUCAUCCGUCAGUGAGUGUGUGAGCUCGGCUUCCGUAUCGCAUGGAGAAGAGGUAUGAGGAGUUGUUGCAGUACCCAGGCUCUGACGCCAUGCCUGUGGGAGACUACAGGGAUGCCAUGAGGUCACUUCCUCCACCUCACUACGGCCACACUGUGCCUGACUCCCUGAAACACCACCGGGACCAGAUCUACGGUCAUCCUCUGUUUCCACUUCUGGCUCUGGUAUUUGAGAAGUGUGAACUUGCCACCUGCUCACCACGAGACUCGAUGUCAAACUCCGCCCAUCUCCUCGGCAUGACCAAUCACAGUGACGUCUGCUCCUCUGACUCCUUCAAUGAUGAUAUCGCGGCCUUUGCUAAACAAAUUCGAUCAGAGAAACCUAUCUUUUCAUCGAAUCCAGAACUGGACAAUCUGAUGAUCCAGGCCAUUCAAGUCCUAAGGUUUCAUCUAUUAGAGCUAGAAAAGGUUCAUGACCUCUGUGAUAAUUUCUGCCAUCGGUACAUCACCUGUCUUAAAGGCAAGAUGCCCACUGAUUUGGUGCUGGACGACCGGGAGGGUGGAUCCAAAUCUGACAUGGAAGAUUUCACUGGCUCUUGCACCAAUCUGUCAGACCAAAAUCAGUCUUGGUUGCGAGAUCCGGAUGAUUGUGUGUCGACCCCCUCGGGCACCCCCAGUGCCUCCUGUGGUCUCACCUCACACAGCGCAGAGAACUGCAGCGAUGCCGGUGAUGGGUUGGAUGGAAGUGUGGCAUCUCCCAGCACGGGAGAAGAAGAUGAAACAGAUAGAGACAGACGAAACAACAAGAAAAGAGGAAUCUUUCCCAAAGUUGCGACAAACAUUAUGAGAGCUUGGCUCUUCCAGCACCUGUCGCAUCCGUACCCAUCUGAAGAACAGAAGAAACAGCUCUCCCAAGACACAGGUCUCACUAUACUGCAGGUCAAUAACUGGUUUAUAAAUGCCAGACGCAGAAUAGUCCAGCCAAUGAUUGACCAAUCGAAUCGCUCAGGCCAGAGUGCUCCAUACAGUCCAGAGGGGGCGGCUCUAGGAGGAUAUGGGUUAGAUGCACAGACUCAUUUAGGUCUUAGGACAGCAGGACUUCAGGGAAUGCCGUCCCUGCCCACAGAUUACCCCGGGGCACUUCUGCCCCAACCGGCAUACUCCCACGCCGGCCCAUCCUUGCACCCCUACCCCGGCCCCCACACUGCCAUGCUGCUCCAUCCCCCACCCCACAGCCACCCCGCUGAACCUCUCAUAGGACAAGGCCUUGACAUACAUGCCCACUAACUGAGAGCGGAGCAGGGAGGGCGCGCUGAACAUGGGAUGGAAGGGUACAUUGUAAAUUGACUUUGCAGUAUCACAGCCCAUCAUUCUCACCAAACCUUCGGGGCAUCACCGCGGUCGACACAUAAUGACUCUGAGAAUGUCUUAAAUGCACUGACCUGGCAUCAUAAAUGUAUCAAAACGCUCCCAUGCAAUGCCCAUCUCAAAUGCUUGACAGACUUGUUACAUUCCUUAACCAUUUAUUGCUCUCUGAUCUCCUCAUGACAAUGCUCUGAAUGCACUGUAUUUAGGACAUCUAUCUACUAGUUUUUAUGCACACUGCUGCGUUUGAUUGAUAUACCCACGUCUUCCUAUGGCCUUAGGGGUGAGCUGAAAUCUCCCUUAAUCUAACAUUAAGGCCUUCAUUGCCUUUCUUGCCUUGCCUCCGAAAACCCUCUUGAGGAGCACAAACAGAAAAACACAGCAUAUACCUCCUCAGUCAGGACCCAACAUGUCAGAAAGUCCUGAAAUAGUCUUCUGAGAUGAACAAUUGCACCAAAUCCUUACAACCUAACUGCUGAACAUGGUUAGUGAAAUGUAAGGGUGAAGCUCAUGAAACCAUGUCACGUUUCAUCCCAAAAUCAAAAGACAUUUUGCACAAGAAACCUAUUAUUAGAAGAGAAUUAGGAAUCAUUUCGCAUUGUGGUCUCAUUUCUAUGAAUUGCAUUUUCCACAAAAAUCUCAUUGCUGUAAUGCAUCUGGAUGUGUUUUUUUUUUCUUCUAUUAUUCUUAAUAGUAAUUUUCAUUAGUUUCUCAUAUUACAGUAAUACAGUAAAAAGCUUGAAAGACAAAAAUCAGUCUUAUUUUGAUUUUGGGGUGAAACAGAUUUCACAGACAUGUUCCUGGUAGAUUUUUUGAGAUUCACCUGUAAAACGUCAAAGAGCCUCGAGUCUCUUGUCUUCCUAGCUGAGGGCCAUAUACAUUUCUUUCAGAAGCCAGUCUCACUUUCCGUUUAACACAUUAUUUAAUUUAAUUUUUAUGUUGUUUUUUUGUAUUUAUCUGUGUCAUAACUAUGGGUACUCCAAAACUUUAAAAACAAAUAUUCCGAGUGUCACGUUUAUUUUAUUUUUUUAAUAUCUCGAUUUGAUAAAGAAGUGAAUAUGUUCUUCAGUUAUUUGAAGUUUAUGUGAAUGUUCAUCUGCUGAGGUCCCGACAGGCACAUUUUUGGUUUGCUCUGAAGGACCUGACUCACAUUACCAUCAAUAUUUCACCCAGUUUCAUCACACGAAUGAAUACCAGAAGAUCUGACGAUACUUUUUGGAGAUAUGUUUUGACUUCAAUCUCGGAAAACUGAGCUCUUUUUUGUCAUUCCCCUGUCUGCAUUAAAACAUAUUGUGACUGUUGAUAUUUUGAUAUUUCUGUUGAUAUAGGCCACAAAAUAUUACGUUCAAGCAUUGACACAAUGUUGCUUUUGGCCAUUUAAAAAAUGUAGGAAUUAAAAGUUAAUUUGAUUAAUGA